CUGAAUACCGCCCUGUUGGAGCUUCUGAACGACCUGGUUGGUGACCGGGGCCGGGUAGGAGCCGCCGACGUCCUGGGUGUGAACUACCGCACCCUGCAACACUGUCUGAACAGCCGGCGGUUGAGCCGGCGCAUGCGCGAGGCGCUGGAGCACUACCGCAGUUCGGCGCCGGUUGUGGUCGACCUUCCGGCGGCGGCUGAAGAGGCCGGUCCAGAGGAAGGCCAAGGCGAAUCCCUGGAGCAGCGGGUGGCUGGCCUGGAGGGUGAAAACCGGGCGUUGCGAGAGAGUAUUGAAGCCCUGGGCAGCCAACUGGAUGAGUUGAGGCACCGGGUGGCCAACCUGGAAGGACCGGGGACGAACCGGGCUGGUAGUGAGCCGCUGGCCGUUGACCAGGACCUACAGGGGGAAGGAAGCCAGCACAGUUCGGACCACGGCGCCCUGGAAGCUGGGGUGGUCACCCUGGAGGAACGGCCUGGCGAGGAGCAGACUCUGGGGGCGGCGGCUCGUAGGGUGGCCGAGUGGCGGGAGGCCGGCAGGAGGGCCGCCACUGCAAACGGUCGGGUUGAGCGGGCCGAUGCCGAGGUCAAGCGGUUAGAGCUUGAAGUCAGCCUGGUUGAACGCUUUCACCUGACCCUGCCGCCGGACACGGAACCCUGGGAUGAAGCCACCAGGGAAAAGCAGGUCGACCUCAAGUACAAGGCCUUGCAGCAGGCCAGGGAGGAGUCGAGGAAGGCAGAUAUGGCCCGAUUCUGGAGAGGGUUUUUCACCUUUGGGCGGUGGAAGAAGUAG